AUGAAAGCGCUCGUCGUGUCCAUAAUAAGCCACAAUUCUGGUAUGAUCACUUUCGCUUUCUCGAAUAAUCUGUUACCAAAAAAAAAGCGACAUCAGAAUAUUAUUUCAGCUACACAGCAGACGGUAUUCGGUUUUUUAACGGAGGGAAACCUGAAAUACAUUCAUGAGAACGAAAAAAAAAUAACAAAAAUUUCGAGUUUCACGAGUUUUUCUAGCACGCCGCACGUGGUAACAAGUGUCUGGAAGCGCGAGAAAAGUUAA